AUGUCACUGAGUGUUCAGCACCUCAACACUGAUGCGACGUUCCUCAUAACUUUCCAUCUACCGAGUUCCGGUACAACAACCAAAGAGGGCGAUUUCUCGAUCCUGUUAGACCCAUGGCUACAUUCGGAUGCCCCUGUGUUCCACCCCCGGUUUUCCAACCAGCUACAUACUGUAAAACCGGCUGUAAACUCUCUUCUUGAGUUAUCGCCGGCCCCAGAUCUCAUAAUCGUCUCUCAAAGCAAGUCCGAUCAUUGCCACGAGGAGACACUAAAGGAAUUCGACUGGUCAACACAUCUGGGUACGCGGUUAUACGCCUGUCCAGACGCGAGCUCUAUCAUUAAAGGCUGGAAAUGGUUUCCUUCCUCUCGCAUGACCGUAUUCAAGAAGAGUGAUAGAGUUCGUAUCGAUAUUCCAAAUACCCAGAAUCCUGAGCGUCCGGCGUGGUUGGAGCUUGAGUUUAUCCCCGCCAAGUGGCCAUGGGAAAUGCCAGGACUCCAUUCGGCGAUCGGAAUAAAGUACUUUUUCACUGAAGCGUUUUCAACAACGAAGAUGAUUUCAACGCUCUUCACUCCUCAUAGCAUCCCGAUUUCUGCCCUGCGCCCAUGGUUUUCACGCUUGCCCGGCAAAAAACCUCAAUUGACACUGCUCCUACAUCCUUUUAAGCAUAUCUACAGUUUUAUGGGCGGCGAGAUUUCGGGCGGAUUCCCAGCAGGUUUGGAGAUAUGCAAAGCCACAGAUGUGGGGACUUGGAUUUCAACCCAUGAUGAGGUCAAAGUCGUUGAGGGCUUUGUCUCGAGUCAUCUCACUGAGACUACAUGGGAUCGUGGAAAGGUCGAAGCCGAUUUGGCAUCAGCUGGGGUUAAAAAGACCGUAGCCAAAGAGCUUAGAGUCUCCGAGAAUCUAAUUGUAGACGAAGGGGUUGUUCUCAAUGUGUGA